AUGGGCUUUGCCCUGGAGCGGUUCGCCGAAGCGGUGGACCCGGAUUUCAAGUGCAAGCUGUGCGGCCAGGUGCUGGAUGAGCCCCUGUGCACGCCGUGCGGGCACGUCUUCUGCGCCAGCUGCCUGCUGCCCUGGGUGGCGCGGCGGCGCCGGUGCCCGCUGCAGUGCCAGACCCUGGCGCCGGGCAAGCUGUGCCGGGUGCUGCCUCUGCGCGGCCUCAUCCAGAAGCUGCGCAUCCAGUGCGACUACCGCGCCCGCGGCUGCGGCCGCUCGGUCCGGCUCCACGAGCUGGCGGCGCACGUCGAGCGCUGCGCCUUCCGCCCUGCCCGCCGCCGCCGGCCGGACUGCGUCUCGGAGCCGGGCGGCCGCCGCGGCGUGGACGUCCCCGCGCGGGGGGGCUGCGGAACGGCGCCGGGGCCCGGCCGGGGCGGGGGCGCGCGCGGGGGGCCGCCGGGCGUCUGCGGCGGGAGCGGGCGGGGGCCGCGGCAGCUAGUCCUCGCCUGGAGUCGGCGCGAGAAGGCGCUGCGGGCGCAGCUCUGGGCGCUGCGGGACGAGGCGCAGCUCACGGCCCGCAGGUACCAGGAGAAGUUCUCCCAGUACAUGGCUCACGUCCGCAACUUCGCCAGAGACCUGGGCGGCGGCCACGGUCGGGAUGGAGAACAUAAGCCAUUCACCAUUGUGUUAGAAAGAGAAAAUGACACAUUGGGAUUCAAUAUUAUAGGAGGCCGACCAAAUCAGAAUAAUAAGGAAGAAACAUCAGCAGAAGGAAUUUAUGUUUCAAAAAUUUUGGAAAAUGGACCUGCCGACAGAGCAGAUGGCCUGGAGAUUCAUGACAAAAUCAUUGAGGUCAAUGGGAAGGAUCUCUCAAAGGCCACCCAUGAAGAGGCAGUGGAAGCUUUUCGAAAUGCCAAGGAGCCCAUUGUGGUCCAGGUGCUAAGACGAACACCUCUCAGUAAACCAGCCUAUGGAACGGCCCCAGCAGUGCAGCUCAUGGACGCUAGCACUCAGACAGACAUCACCUUCGAGCACAUCAUGGCUCUGGCAAAACUUCGGCCGCCUACCCCUCCAGUGCCAGACAUCUGUCCAUUCCUGCUCUCAGACAGCUGCCAUUCUCUUCAUCCGAUGGAGCAUGAAUUUUAUGAGGACAAUGAGUAUCUUUCCAGCUUGCCUGCUGAAGCAGACAGAGCAGAGGACUUUGAAUAUGAGGAGGUCGAGCUGUGUCGUGUUAGCAGUCAAGAGAAGCUGGGCCUGACAGUCUGUUACCGAACAGAUGAUGAAGAAGACACGGGCAUUUAUGUCAGCGAAGUGGAUCCAAAUAGCAUAGCUGCCAAAGACGGCCGAAUUCGAGAAGGGGAUCGAAUUUUGCAAAUAAAUGGGGAAGAUGUCCAGAAUCGAGAAGAAGCAGUGGCGUUGCUGUCUAGCGAUGAGUGCAAGAGAAUCGUGCUGCUCGUCGCGAGGCCAGAGAUUCAGCUGGAUGAAGGCUGGUUGGAAGAUGAAAGAAAUGAAUUCUUAGAGGAGUUAAACUUGGAGAUGCUGGAAGAACAGCAUAAUGAAGCAAUGCAGGGCAUGGCCAACGAGGUGGAGCAGCCAAAAAAACAAGAAGAAGAAGAAGGCACAACAGACACGGCAACAUCGUCCUCCAACAACCAUGAGAAGGACAGCGGGGUAGGGCGCACGGAUGAAAGCUUGCGGAAUGAUGAGAGCUCAGAGCAGGACAACGCCGCCGAGGACCCCAACAGCACAUCUUUGAAGAGCACAAGAGAGCUGGGGCAGAGCCAAGACACUCUGGGAAGCAUUGAGCUUCAGUGCAACGAGAGCUUCGUGUCUGGCGAAUACAUUGACUCCGACUGCCUUGGCAACGCGGACGAGGAGUGUGAAAGAUUCCGACAGCUCUUGGAGCUCAAAUGCAAGAUUCGAAACCAUGGAGAGUAUGACCUGUAUUACUCGAGCAGCACAAUAGAAUGCCAUCAAGGGGAACAAGAGGGAGUGGAGCACGAGCUACAGUUGCUUAACGAAGAACUAAGAAACAUUGAACUGGAGUGCCAGAAUAUCAUGCAGGCGCACAGGCUCCAGAAAGCGACAGACCCGUACGGAGACAUCUGGGCUUUGCACGAUGGAGGAUUCCGGAAUUAUAACACCAGCAUGGAUAUGCCACGGGGGAAACUAGACGACAUCAUCGAACACCCAGAGAAGUCGGACAAGGACAGUUCUAGUGCUUACAACACAGCAGAAAGCUGCAGAAGCACCCCACUCACUGUGGACCGUUCCCCUGACAGCUCCCUUCCCAGAAUGAUCAACCUCACCAAUAAGAAAAACCUGAGAAGCACAAUGGCCGCCAGUCCGUCUUCUUCCGGACAGAGCAGUAAAGAGUCAACCUCCACCAAAGCCAAAACCAUCGAACAAGGCUGCAGCGCGGAGGGCAAGGAGAAGAUUUCCGAAGGCAGCAAGGUUUCCGAGCAGGAGAAAACCAGCAGCGAGCACAUCCCUUACCUCUCUCCUUACCACAGCUCCUCCUACAGAUACGCAAACAUCCCAGCACACGCCCGCCAUUAUCAAAGCUACAUGCAGUUAAUUCAGCAGAAAUCCGCAGUCGAGUAUGCGCAGAGCCAGCUGAGUUUAGUGAGCAUGUGCAAGGAGGCCCAGAAGUGUUCAGAGCCCAAGAUGGAGUGGAAGGUGAAAAUCCGGAGCGACGGGACGCGGUACAUAACCAAGAGACCGGUGCGAGACCGGAUUCUGAGGGAACGUGCCUUAAAGAUCAAGGAGGAGCGCAGUGGCAUGACGACGGAUGAUGACACCAUGAGCGAGAUGAAAAUGGGCCGCUACUGGAGCAAAGAGGAGAGAAAGCAGCACCUGGUUCGCGCCAAAGAGCAGCGUCGGCGCCGGGAGUUCAUGAUGCGGAGCCGCUUGGAGUGUCUUAAGGAGAGCCCCCAGAGUGGCAGCGAGGGCAAGAAGGAGAUCAACAUCAUUGAACUGAGUCACAAAAAGAUGAUGAAAAAGAGAAACAAGAAAAUUUUGGACAACUGGAUGACAAUCCAAGAACUGAUGACCCACGGGGCCAAGUCUCCUGAUGGCACCCGGGUGCAUAAUGCCUUUUUGUCAGUCACCACUGUAUGA